UUAAUGACAAGCUCUAGCGAAUGUGAAAUUCUACAACCUUCACAAAUAAUUCGAGAACGUUGGAAAAUUAAAAAUAAAAUUGGUGGUGGAGGUUUUGGAGAAAUUUAUGAAGCUAUUGAUUUACAAAACCAUAAUGAAAGAGUUGCUAUUAAAGUAGAAUCAAGCAAAGCAACAAAACAAGUACUUAAAAUGGAGGUGGCUGUACUUCGAAGACUUCAAGGCAAGUUUAUCAACAACACCUGGAAGAAGCAUGCAUGUAAAUUUUAUGGUUGUGGAAGAAACGAAAAAUUUAAUUAUUUGGUUAUGGGAUUACAAGACAAAAAUUUAGCUGAUUUAAGAAGAGAAUCCCCAACUCAACGUUUUUCUUGCUCAACAGCUUUACGUGUUGCUCAACAUAUUUUACAAGCAAUUUGUGAAAUACAUUCAAUUGGAUUUUUACAUAGAGAUAUUAAACCUUCAAAUUUUGCUGUUGGAAGAACUUUAUCUACUCAACAUAAUAUUUAUAUGUUAGAUUUUGGAUUAGCUAGACUUUAUUUAAAUGCAAAAGGAGAAGUACGGACACCGAGGUCGGCUGCUGGGUUUCGUGGAACUGUUAGAUAUGCAGCUAUUUCUGCUCAUAAAAAUAAGGAAAUGGGCCGUCAAGACGAUUUAUGGUCUCUCUUCUAUAUGCUUAUUGAAUUUUUGAAUGGAUCAUUGCCUUGGAGAAGAAUAAAGGAUAAAGAUGAGGUUGGGAGAAUGAAGGAAGAAGCAGAUAUUCGAGAAUUACUUGAUGGAAAUCCGUCAGAAUUACAUCAUUUUGCUGAACAUUUGAGUGGAUUAACUUAUGGGGAUUUGCCUGAUUAUGAGCUUUUGGAGGAUUGUUUGUGUGUUGCUAUGAAAAGAUUGGGAAUUGGGGCAAAUGAUCCUUUUGAUUGGGAAAAUGGUUAUGCUUUUGUUUCUGAUCCAAAUAGUAGUAAAGCUUUGCCUUGUUCUUCUUCAGCAAUUCAAGGAGAUGCUCACCAUAAUAAACAGAAAUCUAGUCAAAUUGGGCGUUCAUAUACAACAGCUUUUCGAGAAAAUUGUCCAGAUGUUAAUACAACAACAAAUGCUGGAGGAAAUAAAAAUAAAGGGUUAUUGGAUACACAAGCGCCGAUAACUGGAGAUGAAGACGGGGAUGAGGAACAACAAACUGGGAAUUAUAUACAGGCACAUUUAGCUUCAAAUGCUUCUGGACAAAUUGGAGGGGGAGAACAUUCUUAUGGAGAUGAUGGGGGAGGAAAUGGAGGAGGAGGGAUUAAUAAUAAUAAUAAAGAAUUAAAACCAAAAUAUAAGAGACAAGAAUUUUUAAGACCAAAAAUUAAUCAAAAUCUUGUUAAAAUGAAUCAAAAAAAUUUGGGAAAAUCUAUUGAUGCAGUUAAUGAACGAUUUAUGAAAGUUCAAAGCAAUUCACCUGUCCCAAUAGGCAAAAGAUAUCAAAAUGGAAGUAAAAUAUCGGCAACAACAAUUAACGGACCUGCACCCCUUUCUUCAAUGUCUAAUGUUUCUAGAAGUGAUGAAAAUAAAUUAAUAUUAUUACCGGAAAGAAGGGCAGAAAGUAUGCAGCCACAAACAUUAAAUGUUGGGGGAAAUUCUGGCAUUUCUUCCCCUGAAAAACCUCCAACAAUAACAAGAGAUAUGUAUACAUCAUUACAGAGAAUCCCAACUCCAUCAGCCCCAGUAUCUAAAGCAGGAACACCAACAACUGAUCAACACCAACAAAUAAAUAAUCCAUCUAAAUCAACAUCUACACCUACUUUACGUCAGAGAAAUGGUUCUUUUGAAGCUGGAAUAAAUAAUUAUAGAAAAGGAGAAAAUGGAAAUAGUCGUGAACGUUUAAAUAAAUAUGCGGCAGCAGGCUCCCCAGCAAUUUAUCAACAACAAGACGAACAUUUGAGACAAAAACAGAAAAAAAUAGAAAAAUCAGCCCAAAGACAAUUAUCUCCUCAAAAAUAUUCUGUUAAUAAAGCAAUGAUUAAUUCUGUUGUUGUUGGGGAUGGAAAGGAACAAAGAAGGGAAAGAAGAAGUAGUAGGGAUGAAUUAAUUGGGAGUGGUGUUAAUUUAAUAUCUCAUUUCAAAAAUUUGGUUAAUAGUUUUAAUUCGUUGAAUAUAGCCAAUCGUUCUGGGAGUGGUGGCCGUUCAAAAUCUUUAUCUUCUCGUGGUUUUGGCGGAGAUAAACAUAAAUUAAGCAAUCCAACACCUACACCCCCAACAAUAUUGAAACCUUCAGAUAGUCGAAGUAGUCGAAAAGGAAGUUCAAAACUUAGUGCUCCAAGUAGUAAAGGAAAUAAUGAAGAUACUUCUGCUACUUCUGGUAUUGGAAGUGCAUCCCCAACAAUUAGACAUAAAUCACGUGAAAGAAUAACAACAACAACAAAAAAAAAUAAUUUAAAAGAUAAUAAUCAAAGAGAAUAUCAUCAACAACAACAACAACAAAAACACAAAAGUGUGGACAGUCGAAGAUCCUUAAAUGAAUUAAAUAAUAAUUCAAAUAACCAAACAAUUUUAUUAGAACAAUAUACAAAAGAACUUUUAAAAGUUGGACAACAACAAAGAAGAGAAGGACAACAACAGAGACAGCAACAACAACAAUUUUUAUUAAAACAUAAUGGAAGAUAUUUGGGAAAUCUUUAA